AUCGCAAUGGGCCUUGCUGGGUUUGCUUAGGAGGUGCCUCGUACGAAAACUUGGGGGGUACUGAAGUUUUCCCAGCUGUCAAAUGAUGGUUGUCUUGGAGCUGCACUGUAACGCAAUGGAAAGACUGGGUGAAGAACUGAGCUCAGUCACAGUACAGGAUGGCACUGGCAAUGAGAUGUCUGAACACAAUCCAGAAAUCCAAAACCUUGAGGAACAAAGGGUCUCUGAUAUUCCGGAUACUGCUCUGCUUACCAAUCACUUUCCACUUCACCAUCCCUUCUCAUUUGCUUUUGAGGACUUCGAAAGCCCUCCUGGUGUUAACAAGUUGGACCUCCAGCUUUUUCCACUGUGGCACCUGCCACUGAAGCUAGCUGCCAUGUUUUCAACAAUGUUUUUCCUAUACACCUUCCUGAGGGACGUCAUCCACCCCUUUGUGUCUCAGAGCAAGAACGAGUUCUAUAAAAUUCCCAUUCUGGUCAUGAAUAAAGUUCUACCUGGGGUGGCAAUCACCCUCCUAGCCUUGGUGUAUCUGCCUGGCUUUCUGACUGUAGUCUUCCAGUUGCAUCGAGGCACCAAGUACAGCCCAUUUCCAAGUUGGCUGGCAAUCUGGUUGAAAAUGCGAAAGCAGCUGGGCCUCCUCUGCUGUUUCUGUGCUGUGCUGCAUGCAGUGUACAGCCUCUGCUACUCAAUGAGACAGUCCUACAGGUAUAAACUGCUGAACUGGGCCUAUCAGCAGGUAAAACAGAACAAAGAAGAUGCCUGGAUUGAGGAUGAUGUGUGGAGAAUGGAGAUUUACCUGUUCCUCGGGAUUCUGAGUCUUGGAAUUCUGGCUAUGUUGGCACUGGCUUCCAUUCCAUCAGUCAGUGAGACUUUAAACUGGAGAGAAUUUCGCUGUGUUCAGAGGAACCUGGGAUGCUGUGCCCUCCUGCUGUGCACUGCUCAUGCCCUGGUGUACGGCUGGCGGAAGUGGGCAGAGGUGAAACACUUCGUAUGGUACACUCCUCCCUCGUUCAUCCUGGUGGUCCUCCUGCCCCUGGGAGUUCUGCUGUGCAGGGCUGUGUUGCUUCUUCCGUGCCUGGAUAGGAGGUUGCAUGCGAUUCAGCGUGGAUGGGAGAAAAAGUCUUCAGAAGCCACAAAAGAGGUGGCUGAGUGCACUUCCUUAUAAACCCCAGGAAACUGCUGUGGACUCUCGCCAUCAGAAGGUCUUUAUGUAACACCUUUUUUAUUUCUAUCAAUUGCAAAAAAAUCUUGUCUACGUUAUCUAACUCUCUUUGAAACAGCUAAAUGUCUUCUGAACAAGCUAGAUCUUGCUAACUUUUUGAAUUCAUAAAAAUUGUUGACAUGCGAGCCUCUCCUACAUUUUGAAGGUUUGCACAACAUAUUACAGGGUAUUUUUAUUUCAAUUUAGCAUGUAUACAGGGAUUUGUCUCUUCUUCUGCCAUGCUUGGCACAAUCUCUAAAUACAGAACUCCACAUGUUCCAAUAAUUUCAAUAACUGGAUCACAACAAGACAUUAAUGACAGAUUUCAUCUAUGCACUUUCAAACACAAAUUGUGUGGGUGCACAAAUCUUAUUCAAAUACUACUAAAAAUAUUCUUUUUUUUCUGAUUGCCCCAUUCAUAUACAAAUGUCCCAAAGUGAUUCAAUAAAAAAGAAUGAACCCUAA